CACAACCCUCUCCCCCCCUGCAAUUCCUUUCCUUUAUUUUUGUUCCCAACUCCGGGCGCCAAGAACCCCGCGCCCUCCUCGCCGCCGCAUUUCUUGACCGGCCUCCGGCAAUGCCCGCCGCGUGCCCUGCUCCGGGGAUGAGACGGGCCGCCGCCUUGGGUUGCGCGCGUGUCUUGUCGUGGUCAAGAAGGGUUAGGCAGGCAACGAAUUCGCCCGGGGCUCGAGAAGCCUUGGCGUGCCGGAGUUUCCCACCCUCCCUCUCUCGCUCUGCAUUUUCCAUGCUCUGAUCCAUGUGGAAAAUUAUCUUACUCCUACUACUUAACUUGCUCGAGCAGAAGACUCGCUUACUGACUGACUUUCUCGUUGGGUUUGGUCCGGUUCGGCCCGCCUUUUCCCCCCGUCCCCUUUCUCUUUUCAACAAAAGUUCGGCACUGUUGUGGGAUGCUCUGCGCAAUCAUGCUGUUGCUCUGCGCUGGGUCCCGAGACGGGGAAAGAGAGAUGAUUUUUUUACUGAGCGUGGAGGAGCUGAAGCAGAGCUUGCUGGCGGCGACCAUGGAGCUGGAGGUGUCCAAGGAGGAGCUGCGGCGGAAGGAGCAGAGCAUCGCCAAGCUCGCCGACCUCGUGCGCCAGGUUGCCAAGGAGCGCGACGAGGCGCGGGACCAGGUGCAGCAGCUGCUCCUCGCCGCGGCCAAGCAGGCGGCGCCGCCGGUGCACCACACUGCGCCCGCGCCGGCGCUGGGCACGUCGAGCGUCACCGACUCGGACUGCAGCCUGGUGUCGUCCCCGGUGGACCCCUUCUUCGACCCCGUCACCUCCUCCGACCGGCGCCGCUGCGGCAAGCUCGGCGCCGCCAGCCCGCCCCCGCCGGCCAAGCAGCAGCAGCAGCAGAUGUGCGGCGCCGAGGCGGUGCUCGACAUGCUCGCCGCCAAGAAGCCGCUGCCGCCGAGGGGCCGGCUGCUGCAGUCCGUCAUGGAGGCGGGGCCCCUGCUGCAGAACCUGCUCGUGGCCGGGCCGCUCCCGCGCUGGCGCAACCCGCCCCCGGUGCACGCGCUCGACACGCUCCCCGUCGGCGGCGGCGGAGUCUACAUGAACACGACAACCCUGCACAACGCCGGCGCGCCGCUCGGCUUCGCCCCAAACGCCAACAGCGCCUGCAUGAAGCGGCCGAUGGCGGCGAUCCCCACCAUGCCCAUGGCCGCCACGAGCUGCUCGCCGUCGCCGGGCUUCGUCGCCAAGCGGCACCGGCUGCAUUGACCGUCCCUCCGCCGCCCGUGCCUCGUCGUCCAUCAGCGACCACCGACCCCUCGCCGCCGGCCCGGCGGUUGGCUGCCAUGUCACGCCUGUCAGUGACACGGCAGCGCUAGUUGCUGACUGCAUUAUAGUAGCGUCAUAGAAGCAGAGUAUAGUAGCAGAGUCAUCAGUGGUUAAUCCUGGUGUAAAUAGGAUGGUUAGUCUCACAUCUUUUUCUUCUCUUCUCAAAUUUUCAUCUGGUGCUUGUGAGAGUCUUAGUGAGAGAGAUUGUUCAUAUCUUUGCAUGCAUGGUAGCCAAAUUGCCAAUA